AUGAGUCGUUCACCUAGAGGAUCUCAAGGAUCUGCGCUUGAUUUUACAUCACCUCCAAGGUCAGGUCAUCUCAGAACUCCUUCCCAGACUUCUCCGCUAGAGCCAGUGGAUGGAUUUGCAGUUCCUUUCAAAAAAAGCUACCGUCGCAGUAGAACUCCUUCUCAAGGUUCUCGUGCAUCGGUUGAUGGUCCAAAAAGUGACCUUGACAUUAAUCAACGUCCCAGAAGAAUGUCCUCCUUAAAGGACUUCUCUGAUCCCUUUUCCGAUGCAGAAAUAUACUAUGGUCCAUCUACAGAUCCAAGAAAGCAGAAGGUUAAUCAUACACUUAAUAGAACUAGAACUAUGAGUGUGUUUGGCAAUGCAUCCGAUUACAAAAAGGGUAGUCAGGCUAACUAUCAUUUGCAAAGACGUGGGUCAGAAGAUGACAGUUACUUGAGUAGUAAAGGUAAUCGUCGUUUCUUUAUUGAAGAUGUAGAUAAAACUUUGGAUGAUUUAUUGAAGAGUGAGGAUACUGACAGUAAUUUCCAAAUUACUAUUGAGGAUACGGGACCCAAAGUCAUCAAGAUCGGUACUGCGAACUCGAACGGUUACAAAUAUGUCAACGUCAGAGGCACUUACAUGUUGUCUAACCUUUUGCAAGAAUUGACUAUUGCUAAAAGUUUUAGAAGGCACCAAAUUAUAUUGGACGAAGCGAGAAUCAAUGAAAAUCCUGUUAGCAGAUUAGAGAGAUUGAUUGCCAAUCAAUUUUGGACCAACUUGACAAGAAGAAUUGAUUUAAACAAUAUCGGUGAAAUAGCAAAGGAUACUAAGAUUGACACACCAGGUGCACAAAAUCCAAGAAUCUACGUUCCGUACAACUGCGCUGAUCAAUAUGAGUUUUAUAUUCAGGCUUCUCAAAUGCACCCUUCCCUAAAUCUAGAAGUCGAAUAUCUUCCACAGGAUAUUACCCCAGAAUAUGUCAAAUCCAUUAAUGACACACCCGGUCUAUUGGCGCUGGCUAUGGAAGAGCACUUCGAUCCUUCCACCGGUGAGAAGACUUUGAUCGGCUACCCUUACGCUGUCCCUGGUGGUAGGUUUAAUGAGUUGUAUGGUUGGGAUUCUUACAUGAUGGCAUUAGGAUUACUCGAAAAUAAUAAGGCUGAUGUCGCUAGAGGUAUGGUCGAGCAUUUUAUUUUCGAGAUCGAACAUUAUGGGAAAAUUUUGAACGCCAACAGGAGUUAUUACCUGUGCAGAUCUCAACCUCCUUUCCUCACAGAUAUGGCAUUACAAGUGUAUAAUAAGACUGGUGGUAAGAGUAACCCUAGCGCUGUUGACCUUGUAAAGAGAGCAUUCAUAGCAGCUAUUAAGGAGUACAAGACUGUUUGGAUGGCACACCCUAGACUAGAUCCGGAAACCGGUCUCUCAUGUUAUCACCCAAAUGGUUUAGGUGUCCCACCUGAGACUGAGGCUGACCAUUUUGAUUCUAUCCUAUUGAGUUACAUGGAAAAAUAUAGCCUGACCCGGGAAGAGUUCGUUAAGAAAUAUAAUGACGGAGAGAUCAAGGAGCCGGCAUUAGACGAAUUCUUCUUACAUGAUCGUGGUGUUAGAGAAUCAGGCCAUGACACAACUUAUAGAUUUGAAGGUGUUUGCGCUUACCUUGCCACGAUCGACCUCAACUCUCUCCUAUACAAGUACGAGUUGGAUAUCGCUGAUGUCAUUGAAGAGUUUUUUGACGACGACUUCCAUGAUCCUCAUGACCUUCUCGUAACCAACUCUCAACAUUGGAGAGAUUUGGCUGAAAAGAGGAAGCAGCAAAUAAAUAAGUACAUGUGGGAUGAGAAGACCGGUUUCUUUUUUGAUUACAAUGUCAAAACGAAACAGCGAACUUCGUAUGAGUCGGCAACGACAUUUUGGGCCCUUUGGGCUGGUGUGGCCACUCAAGAGCAGGCAAGGGACAUGGUGGAAAAGGCCUUACCUCCUCUUGAAGUUCUAGGAGGUAUCGUUGCAUGCACAGAGGGAUCAAGAGGACCUAUUUCGAUUCAGAGACCAUCUAGACAGUGGGAUUACCCUUAUGGAUGGGCACCACAUCAAAUUCUUGCAUGGCAAGGCCUUUGUGAAUAUGGAUACGUAGGCGUGGCCACUAGGCUGGCUUACAGGUGGUUGUACAUCAUGACGAAGGCAUUUGUCGAUUACAACGGGAUAGUUGUAGAGAAAUACGAUGCCACAAGAGGUACCGAUCCUCAUAGAGUCGAUGCUGAAUAUGGUAACCAAGGGGCUGAUUUCAAAGGUGUUGCUAAGGAAGGUUUUGGGUGGGUUAACGCUAGUUACGUUCUGGGCUUAAAGUAUAUGAACAAUCACGCUAGAAGAGCUUUGGGGGCCUGCAUUCCACCUGUUCCCUUCUUCAAAAGUUUAAAACCAUCAGAAAGACAGCUCUAUAGUCUUUAG